GUCUGGUAGAUUCUCCAUCAUAGCGCAGCGUUAAAGACACAUCCAGAGAACACUUGGCAAAGCUGGACACUUUGCACUGUGAAUUGCUGACUUUCAGAUAACAUUAGCAGCAUUGUUUAGACACUACUUAUCCAACAGAUUACCAAAUAAGCUUCGUUUAGCUGCCCUGUUGAUUAUCUGCUACCAUUCUUUCUUUAAGAGCAGACCUUUCCUCCAGUCCCGUUUUCGCUUGAUGGCACAUGAGAGAAACUUACUUGCUACUCAGCGCCUCACCUAUUUCUAAUCUCGCAUAUUAUUAUUCCUAAGAACAAGACAGAAGAUAAACACAGCACCGCAAAAAUGGCAACUAACUUCAACUGGAACCACAUUCCAGGCGUGCAGAAUGCCACCGGGUCUGUGGCAGCUGACACGGCUCCGAUAGACCAUUUUGAUGCUUUCUUCAACAGCCAAUUGGGCCAGUCACCACAACCGCACAGUGCUUCGGCGUUGCCAACAGAUCCUAUGUCACUACACUACACACAACCGCAAUCGCAAUCGCAAUCGCAAUCGCAUCCCCAACCUCAGCAGCCACAGCCACAGCAGCAAGGACUCACUCAUUACCCUCAAUCGUCUGCUACCAAUACUCAGGCACAGCCUCCUUCCGGCGGUUAUCUUCAACACAACAACGCAGUACACUCUGACAGCUCGCUAUCGAAUGUUUUCAACAAACUGAACAUCAGCACUACCAAAUCUCAUAGCGAUGAUACUAUAGAUACGAUAAAGCUGGGAGCAUCCAAAGGAGCAAAUGAUUCUAGUUCGCCUUUGAAAAAGAUCAUGGAAAAUCCUACGCACUCAAGCAGUACCGACACGAUUAUCGCAGACAAUGAUAGCUCUAUACCCUUAUCUUUGGCGCUAAAUGACAUGUCCCAGAAGGAACUGAAGACAUACUUGAGGUGGUACGAAAAUAUUCAGGAAAGAAAAAUUACCAACAAGACUGUCACUUUAGAGGACGUCUUCCUUUUCAUGCAAAACUUUAGAAUACCGCAGCAGAUAAAGGAACGAAUGAAAAUGGUGUUUACUAAGUGGUCGAACUCAUUGAACAUUGGACAAUUUUUUGCAUUAAUGAGACUUCUUGCGCAUGCCCUUUUGGGUGAACCAUUGGCACGAUCUUUAAUAAAGGUGCCUGCUCCUGUGCCAAGGCCAAUUUCAAUUUUGUCUAGAAAAAGGAAGGACCGGUCCACAGCGUCUAGCAGUGACACCCCUGUAUUGGCUGCUCCAGAAGAACCGAAAAAGAAACUUGAUAUCGAUUCAUUCACCGAAUUUAUUUUAACUGGAGAGAGACCCUCUCUCAAGCAUACGUCAUCAUCUACAAAGUCACAUAAGAAAGUCAAGUUUUCAGAGGUUGUUAGCUUUUCGCCCCCACCUCAAUCCGGUGAACCAGGACCGCAGCCACAACCAGAAAUACCAAUGAUGAUGCAUCUGGCACAGCAACAUGUACUUGAUUUUUCAUUGCCAAUGGACCAGUUACUUGACAGACUUAAAGCUGAAAGCACCGGCACCCCUGAGGCUGUAAGCCAAUCUCAAACGCAAUCUCAAUUACAGCAACAGCCGCUGAAACCACAACCAACUGAAAACGAAGAGGAAGUGUUAAAGGACGUUCAAAUGGACACAUUCAAAAACAUAACACAGAAGGCCACCCGGAAUACUGCAGAUGAACCUCUGAAACCUAAUUUAACAGGUAGUGCCUCUAAAUCAAUGAAGGAACAUUUUCUUCAACAAUUCGAUCAAACUUUCAACUUCAAUGCUGGCCCUUUCGAUUCUACAUACCCAAACAUAAGCGCCUUGUCUGCUGUACCUGCUGUCUCAUCUCCAUCUACUGAUCAGCUUCCAAUAAUGUCUCCUAUGAAAGAAACUCCGCCUGUCCCUCAGAGCUCCUACAAUACACCUCAAUUGCAGAUGCAACCACCACUGCCAAAUGCAAGUCAAGCAAAGGUCCAAUCACCAGAUCGACAGCAGACGGAUUAUUUUGGGAUGGUUCCUCAAAACGGGGCCUCUGGUUCCAGUCCAAUGAUAUCCAGUUUGGCGGCAGGAAUGGGUGUAAACAAUACCUUCCAGCCUCCUGUUCCACCACGUUCACGAUCAAGAGCAGGUAGUUCUGCCUCACCACCUCCUAUUCCACCGCCACCGCCGCCGCCACGAGCCAUAAAGAGCUCAAGGGCAGCAACUCCUGCGACUACACAGUCGAACCCAGCAUUGCCUCCGAAGCCGGUGUUGAAUGAGCACCAAAAGCAACAGUAUUUAUCUGCCUCAGAGGGUGACAACCUGAUGCAACUGAAUCCGCUGAAUGGCAUGGCCAAUAUGAACGCAAACGGGCUGGCAGCAGUGAACACAGGCUACGGGAACUCAUACAACUUGAACGGAAUGAAGAGUAUGUCUCAAGUGAACCAGCUGAACCAGAUCACUCAGAUGCAUCAGUUGGGAAGUAUGAAUAGCAUGAAUGGUCUUAACAGCUUGAACGGUAUGGCGUCUCCUAACAUUAAUAAAAUGAAUGUCUCCAACGUCCAAGGCUACAACCGGCCACCUCAAAUAGUGUAUGGUCAGCAGGGAACUAUGGGACAAUCGCCUCAAUUUCAAAACCAAGGCAUGUUUAUGUCACAACAAACUGGUGGUGGGUGGCCAUCACUUCAUCAACAACAACCGCAGCAGCAGCCGCCAACUUCACAACUGCAACCUCAGCAGACUUCAUCUCACCCACAACAGCAGCAGAAUGCGUGGUCCGGAUGGCAAUACUAAGCUAACACAGCACCUACAAAAACUCACCCCGGAUUUUUAUAUAUAGAACAUAUUUUGAACAGAAACAUUGAACCGUUUAUAACGAUUAUCAAGCAUUACCCUAAACAUGCACUUGUACAAGAACGAACUCAGUAGACUAGACUUAAGUCAUUUCUUUCCGCGAGAGCGUUUUUUUUUUUUCACUGAGGGAGGAAGUCGUGAGGAAUAUGUAAAUGGGUGGGGUGGGAUAUUAGCAUGUACGGCAACUGGCCCUUCCCCAUUCCUGCGUCAAACUAUAGUUCUUCCCUGUCAAGCAUAUCCACGCAAAUCACAGUAUGCCACCAGUCCAACAAGUGCAAGUGCAAUACCAGCAACCAUCUCUCUUUGACAAGUUGAAGAUGGGCUU